CCCAGCCGACGGGGCCCGGCCCAGCUCCGCGGGGCCAUGGCCGAGUGGGCGCCCGCCCAGGUGCAGGAGUGGAACGUGGAAGCCCCCCACCUGAUGCCGCUGCAGCCGCCGCUGCUGCCCGAGCGGGCGCACGUGCGGGAGGCUCAGCUGCACCCCGCAGAGGCCUCGCUCUGGACCGUGGUGGCCACCGUGCAGGCCAUGGAGAGGAAGAUCGACCUCCUGGCCACCCGCCUGCUCAGCCUGGAGGGACGAUCCGGCACGGCCGAGAAGAAGCUUCUGGACUGUGAGAAGACCACCAUGGAGUUUGGGAACCAGCUGGAGAGCAAAUGGGCCGUGCUGGGCACCCUGAUCCAGGAGUACGGGCUGCUCCAGCGGCGGCUGGAGAACGUGGAGAACCUGCUGAAGAACAGGAACUUCUGGGUCCUGCGGCUGCCGCCUGGACCCCGGGGUGAGGUCCCCAAGGUGCCCGUGACCUUUGUUGACAUCGCCGUCUACUUCUCGGCGGAGGAGUGGAAGAAUUUGGAGGAGUGGCAGAAAGAGCUGUACAAUAACCUGGUGAAGGAGAACUAUGAGUCCUUGAUCUCCUUGGAUGGUGCCCUCUCCAGGAGUGAGGCUCAGCCCCGCGGCGAGCGUGGGGACGGUCCCUGCAUCCCCGAGCCCAGGGAGCUGGAGCAGAGGGAGCUGCCACCCGACACCUGCGCGGAGUCGCUGAUCUCCACCUCGGACAUCCUGUCCCGGAUCAAGCAGGAGGUGGCCUUCGUGGGGGAGCAGCAGUUCGGGGAGGAGCGGGGGAUGCCGGCAGACCCCUGUGCAGGCGCGGACGCCCUGAUCACGGCGCACGACUUCUUGUCAUGGAUCAAGCAGGAGGAAGAGCCCUGUGUCCGUGAGCCCUGGGAGCUGCCAGAGAGGGAGAUGCUGACAGGUCCUGGUCCUGGUCCUGGUCCUGCAGCUGCCGAGGGGCUGCUGGUGAAGACAGAGGAGCGCUGCCCCCACGCAGAGCCCCCCGAGGAGGUGGGGCUGCCGGGGGGCUCCGGGGACCUGCUCUUCACCGGCGGAGGCUUCGGGAACCCCGAGGGUCAGGCGGCAGCAGCAGCAGCGGUUCUGCCGGCACAGCACAGACUGAGCAAAACCCCGGGCUCAGAGCCGGGGCCGGGGGGCACCGAGGGGGGCGGGGGGGUCAUCCCCAGCGGCACCCCGGGCCCCACCGAGGAACGUCCCCACGGGUGCUCGGAGUGCGGGAAGAGCUUCAGCGGGAAGAAGAGUUUGCGGAUCCACCAGCGGAGCCACGCGGCCGAGCGGCCCUACCCCUGCGCCGAGUGCGGGAAGAGCUUCAAUUGCCACUCGGGGCUGGUGCGGCACCAGAUGAUCCACCGCGGCGAGCGGCCCUACAAGUGCACCGAGUGCGGGAAGUGCUACAGCCGCAAGGAGCACCUGCAGAACCACCAGCGGCUGCACACCGGGGAGCGGCCCUUCGCCUGCGCGGCCUGCGGCAAGAGCUUCAUCCGCAAGCAGAACCUGCUCAAGCACCAGCGCAUCCACACCGGGGAGCGGCCCUACCAGUGCCCGGCCUGCGGCCGCAGCUUCCGCUACAAGGAGUCCCUCAAGGACCACCAGCGGGUCCACGGGGUCGAGGCGGGACCCCCUCCCUUGCCGCCCCCCGGUAUUAUGCCCCCCGGGGACUAAAGGGACCGCCCGCCGCGGACCGACGCCCCCUCCCCCCGCACGCCCCCCGCACCGCUCCGAGACGGGGACGCGCGGCUUCCUACCAAAUACAGGCGCCCGGAUGGGGUGGGGGGCACGGGCAGCCCCCCCCGGGGGUGUCAGUGCACCCACAGACCCGGCCCCUGCCACGGACGGACGCUUUUUAGCCCCCCACCCCCUUUCCCCGACUCUCCCCACACCCACCCACACCAGACAAUCUCGCUGCACAGGAUGGGGAGCAGCCCACUCCCCCACACCCCCACGUCCCCUCCCCUACUGCCAUGUCCCUUCCUUGUCCCCCCGCCUGCUGCUGUGCUCCCCACACGCCCCCCACCCUCCCUGCUGCUUAUUUUUACAGCCCCCCAGCCCCGUGCCGUCCGCUCUGUACAGUGCUUGGGCUGUAGUUUUGUAUGGACCGUGCGAUACCCAAUAAAGUCGUGCUGGGCUGCAA